GCAGUUACGGAAGCACGCGGAUAGGUCACGGUAGCCUCUUCAUCGCUGUAGGUAAAGUCGUCCAGCUUUCGCUGAAGAUAUGAGGGCGAUCAAUUGAUGUUCGUUUGUGAGGAAAUUUGACGACUCCAUUCUGCACUGUUAUUGUGUAGUUAGUAAAAUCAGAGCGCAGGCUUUUGUUAGAGACUGUUGAAGUUUCGUCUCAGCUUGGAACGGAAUCAGGAUUCAACGGAAGAAGGCAAGGAGAGAUGUCAUACUAUUCAUCCUCUCGUAGUUCAUCGCGGGCCACUGACUGCAAAGUUUACGUUGGUGACCUGGGUAAUGGUGCUGCCAAGGGGGAGUUGGAGCGAGCAUUCAGUUAUUAUGGCCCUCUGAGAAGUGUCUGGGUGGCCAGAAAUCCACCCGGGUUUGCCUUUGUGGAAUUUGAGGAUCCUAGAGAUGCAGAAGAUGCUGUUAAAGGAAUGGAUGGAAAGCUUCUUUGUGGUUCCCGUGUUCGUGUGGAAAUGUCAACGGGCCUCUCUAGGAAGGGUCGUGGGCGGCCCAGUCGUCGCCAGUUUGACCCAAAUGAUAGAUGUUACCAGUGUGGGGACCGGGGUCACUACGCUUAUGACUGCUACCGCUAUAGCAAGAGAGGCCGUCGCAGCAGGUCUCGCUCUCGUUCGCGAUCUCGGUCCAGGUCCAGGUCACGUGGACGCCGGUACCGCUCUCACUCUCGCAGCCGUAGCCGAAGCUACAGCCGGAGCCGCCGCCGAUCUCCAUCCUAUUCCAGACGCAGAAGCCGUUCUGGUUCCCCUGCCCGUUCCAAGUCCAGGACUCCAGCGAGAAGUCGCUCCAGAUCCCGGUCUCGGUCUGGCUCUGCACCCAGAGGACGCUCUGUUUCCCGAUCCCGGUCUCGAUCUCCGUCAGCCAACCACAAAAGGAACAGCGUGUGGUGGGAGCUGAGCACUGCAUUGACACCGCAGCUGAUCCCAGGCCCAGGGUCUGCCAGCUGGCGGUGUGUACGUCCUGCGGGAGGGUGACUAAGCGCUGACCUGAGAUCAGCCUUCGCCUGCAUCUGGUGUUAGACAGCGAGAAAGAGGUCGACCUACCGACCGAACCCUCCCCACAGUGAAUGGGUGACUGUCUGUUCAACCGACGCACACGCUCAGACGAGAUCAGCCCGCACACACAUACAGUUGUUCUACUAGAGUCACCCAGCCAGCCAGCCAGCCUUCAGACGUACCAGAGGGCUGACCCACACAGAUCAGAGUUCGGCCUUUUAAAUCCAUUACCUACCUACCAGACCCCCCUACCUACCAGAGUUCUUCGCCUGACUUAGCUUCUGAAUGUGAGAGAAAGAGCUGACGAGAGAUCAGUCUUCAAGAGCCUCCCGGCGCAGUGUCUCUCCAAGUUGUAGUCAUCCGUCCUACAGUCCUUUCAUCCUUCGCUUCUCUGUACUUGUUGUAUCUACCACUGUCUCCAAAGGUAACGAAAAAUCAAACCCCCUGACAAGCUCAUGUUGAUGGUAAAAGAAAAUUUACAGGCUUGCUAAAGUUGAGCCUUAAACAAGCAUGCACAGAGUAGAAGUGUGUGAGUGAAUGUGAGUGUGUUUGGAUGACUGAAUGAGAGCAAGACAAGCAGGCACCAUGAAUAUUGGGGGGUUGAUAUCAGGAGAGGGUUUUUCAUGAUUUUCUUGUGUAACACAUGUUGACUCUUCAUUACCAUUUGAAGCCACAUUUGUUUGUGCUGUAAAUUUCUCAGCAGCGAAUGAGAUAGUGUCAAGGACUUGCAGUUUAUUUGUGUAAUUGUUGGGUUUAAGUACAUGUUUAGCUGCUGAGCUUGGACAGCUGUUUCUCAAAAAGAAUUGUUGCUUCUGAUAUGAAAUUACCAUGGAUUGAGGAUAGAAGUAUUUUGAUAGUUGAGAGCAGUACUUUUCAGUAAAAAUGUUAAGUUAUACAUAGUUUAUUUAGAUGUACGUGUAUAUUUUCCCUAGGUCUUUCUUCCAUCUUCCCCUGUGGCAAGCUAAUUCCUCUCUGUUUUUGUUUCAGUCGCUCCCGUUCAGCAAGCCCACACCGAAGCCCUACACCAGCAGAUGACUGAGUGAAGAAGAUUUAGUCCCUACCACUUUCCUAAACAACCCCCCCCCCCCACACCCUGUCUGCUUUUACAGCCCUACAGAAGCAGUUUUUUUCUUAUUUUUUCUGUAUGUAUGUGUGUCUAGUCUACUCCCCAAAUUACAGUUAUAAUUUUACCUACAGGCUUGUAAUUUCUCCACAGCUACAGAUUCCCAGAGAUUUAGUCAGUAUAGCAUACAGGCUUUAUUCUGUUUAUGUUAUGGCUGCGUUGAUGACUAUUUUUUAGAAAGCAUGUAGCAAAACUAAGAAACAACACCUUUAUGUUUGGCUUUUAGCAGUAAUAUUGGCUGUUCUUAUAGUAAAUGUUAAGUGUUUGGGGACAUCUGAAGCAGAUCUUGAGACAGAAUACACUGAAUGAAGAACCUUGUAUUCCCCAAGUGCAAAUAUUGGAUUUUUUUCCUCACUGAUUUUUUGCUAGCAUUAUCUUUGUUUCGUAUUCUUAAGUUGAUGCUUGCUUAUCAGUGUUGACAUUCAUUCUGGUUGCGGUGUAUAGUUGCUGGUCUGCAUACCUUUGAAUAUGAUGUCACAUUCCUUCAGAUUUUUCUUCUACACAAUACAGUCCAGUCACCGUCACUGUACUAAAUAGAUUCCCCAUGUUUUCCUUUGUUCCUUGGACUUGAUUUUAACGUUGCAUACAAUGCUCAAGUUUUGAUUUCUGCAGGGGCUGCUGUAAUUUUUUGUUUCAAGCCCAGAUGGUAGAGCUUUGGCAGUUUUAUUUUUGAAUAAACCUCAACGUAU